AAUGCACGCAGUUCCUGAACAUGUCACAAUCGGACUUCCAAGAGAAGGAUUAUAAACAUUUGAUGAUCAUACAGAAUUAGCAAAACAUCCAGCACCAUAUAGAAUCAAGGAAAUUGAAGGUUUAAUUUUACAUUAAGUUGAAUAGUCUAAUAUACUGAUGAACAUAUCAUUGGAACAGUCUUCAAGUAUGCUGAUGCCAAGGGACACACCAUUGAUGGUCAUGAUAUUGAAAAGUUCAAACCUUUUGGACAUUUGUUUGGUAAAGUGCACAAGAAGCACUUCAAGAUUGAUGAUGGUAAUUGUACAAUUAUAAUCAUUAGAUGAUGAAAUUCUUGAAAUUUCAGGACAUGCUGGUGCUAGAAUUAACGAGUUGAAGUUCAAAACCUAUAAAGGAAAAGAGGAAUCUUUUGGUGUUAAGAAUGGUGUUCAUUUCAUUUAUUCUUUCCCUGGACACACUUUUGGAGCUGUCUCAGGUGGUUAUGAAAAACAUUUGGAUUUCAUUAGAAUUCAUGUUAAUGAACUUCCUCCUGCUAAACACCAUUUGAAAAUUAUCAUUGUCAAGAGUUGAA